GGCGCAAUAGAAUCUAUUAUUUGCGUCGAAAUGACUAAACUUUGACUGCAGCAUUAGGGUAGAUUUUCCCCCGUAAACUCAAAAUGAUGUUAAAUUUUGAUCAUUUAGUGCAAUAGAGCUAAAAAUACCCACCAUGUCUGUAAGAUUGAAUCAUAAAGAUGCUCUCUGGAUACUGCACAAAUCUGGUUUACCAGGAUCUGUUUCAAGAGAAGUAAAGUUUGCUUUGGGAACAAAAGCAGAAAGAUGGGAAAUAAUUCAAGGAGGGACAGAUGAAGAGGAUGUAAAAAUAGCUGCCAGCAUAGAAAUUCAGCGAAUUUGGAGAGGUUACUUUACAAGAUGUAAGCUGUUUGGAAUUCUCCAUCCAAAUGCAAGCGUGAAGUCGACAGCCCUUGGCAGUAGAUUUGUGCAGAGUCCAUCACGGCUCAGUGAUGUGAGGACCAUUACUCCAAUGGAUCCACAUACCACAACACAACCUUCAGGAAUCUUCAAGAGAAACCAAAUUCCUACCAAUGCCUUGCCAAUCACAAAGAAAAAAUAUAAAGAAUACUGUGAAAACACUGUGGCACAGCAAGGCCCGUUAUGUCAACUGAUGUCAUACACAGAAUUUUGUGCCACUCUCAUCCAAAAGUGGUGGCGUUCUAUAUCACUGGGACCAUUGGUACCCAGACCUCCCCCACCUACCACAGAUGGAGGAUUAUCACCAACUGCAGGUGUCCAGCAACGGGUCAGUACAGCUGAUUCAGAAGCAGCGGAGAGAAAAAAAGUUAUUGACAGAGAACAGGCAGCAAGGGUUAUACAGAGAUCUUGGAGAAAACACAUAGACAUCCAAGUGUACAGAUACUACAGAGAUUUGAUUAACUUCAAAUGUAGGGGAGAUCCAUCUUCAAUGUUGAAAUGUAUCAACCCAAGAGAGGCUGAGCUUUUAGAUGCUGCUGCAGGGGUACACAUAAAGUUUAGGUUAGCAGGAGAAAAAUUUCCUCCAAACAUAUACUACAAGAUUUUUACUCACCACAACAUAGUUGACGUGUGUGCUAAUGCACCCAGAGAUUACACAAAAGCUUCAACAAAACGACUUGCGGCGAAUUAUGUACACAACAAAGAGCAAACAAUGGAGGAAGAUGAUCGGUCGGGCUGGUACCAGAGGUGGGAAAACAAUGGCUGGAGGCUCGUCUCAGACAGAGUGAUGAAAAGAGUUGAUCAGGAUCCACUUGUUUAUGAGUCAACACUGAAAAAAGAAAUUUUUAGUCAUAGUAAGGUUGUAAGAAAACAAGACCUUGAAAAAAAGCGCAAAAGGAAAAAACUGGAAUGGAUGAAAAAGAUAGCAAACCAAGUUCUUGCCAGACGAUCCCUUUUCACUGACGCUACUAUCUAGAUGACUAAAAAUUUUAUUGUGGCUUUUUUAUUUAUUGUGAAAGAUUAUGAGAUCGCGCUUGUGGUUGUGAAAAUUGUAUAUAGUUUGUAUUUUUUUAACUAUAGUUCAUAAAAUUUAAGUAUUUAUACGAGUGGUUGUGGUCCAAUAACGCAGUAGCUGUGUGACUAAAAACAAAAUGA